CUGAUAAGAACUAGGUGAGAGGCUUUUAUUUGUACCUGUGUGCAGCUGCACCCUCAGGCUGCUGCUGGGGAGCUGGUGCGCCCCUGAGUGGGGUCCGCCAUCGACCCUGCUGAUCGGACAGGGGUGAGAGUCAGCCGCGCGUUGGGCCUGGCUCAGAAGAAGGCGACCUUGGCAGAGGCCCCGUCGAUGACUGGACAGCCCGGCGCCGGCCAUGGGAAGAAGCUGGGGCACCGAGGCGUGGAUGCGUCUGGCGAGACCACCUACAAGAAGACCACAUCAUCCACCCUGAAGGGCGCCAUCCAGCUGGGCAUCGGCUACACCGUGGGCAACCUGAGCUCCAAGCCCGAGCGCGACGUCCUCAUGCAGGACUUCUACGUGGUGGAAAGCAUCUUCUUCCCCAGCGAAGGAAGCAACCUCACCCCCGCCCACCACUUCCAGGAUUUUCGGUUCAAGACCUAUGCGCCAGUUGCCUUCCGCUACUUCCGGGAGCUCUUUGGGAUCCGACCGGACGAUUACCUGUACUCGCUGUGCAACGAGCCGCUCAUCGAACUCUCAAACCCGGGCGCCAGCGGCUCCCUCUUCUACGUCACCAGUGAUGACGAGUUCAUCAUCAAGACCGUGAUGCACAAGGAGGCCGAGUUCCUGCAGAAGCUGCUGCCCGGCUACUACAUGAACCUGAACCAGAACCCCCGCACGCUGCUGCCCAAGUUCUAUGGGCUGUACUGCGUGCAGUCGGGCGGCAAGAACAUCCGCGUGGUGGUCAUGAACAACGUGCUCCCGCGGGUCGUCAAGAUGCACCUCAAGUUUGACCUCAAGGGCUCCACAUACAAGCGUCGUGCCAGCCGCAAGGAGAAGGAAAAGAGCCUGCCCACCUACAAGGACCUGGACUUCAUGCAGGACAUGCCUGAGGGGCUGCUGCUCGACACAGACACCUUCGGCGCCCUGGUCAAGACACUGCAGCGCGACUGCCUGGUGCUGGAGAGCUUCAAGAUCAUGGACUACAGCCUGCUGCUCGGCGUCCACAACAUCGACCAGCAGGAGAGGGAGCGGCAGGCCGAGGGCGCCCAGAGCACAGCAGAUGAGAAGCGGCCCGUGGGCCAGAAGGCGCUGUACUCCACCGCCAUGGAGUCCAUCCAGGGUGGCGCUGUGCGGGGCGAGGCCAUAGACACGGACGACACGAUGGGUGGUAUCCCGGCCGUGAACGGGCGUGGGGAGCGGCUGCUGCUGCACAUCGGCAUCAUCGACAUCCUGCAGUCCUACAGGUUCAUCAAGAAGCUCGAGCACACCUGGAAAGCCCUGGUCCACGACGGGGACACGGUCUCCGUGCACCGCCCCAGCUUCUACGCUGAGCGCUUUUUCAAAUUCAUGAGCAACACGGUCUUUCGGAAGAACUCCUCCCUGAAGUCCUCACCGUCCAAGAAGGGGCGCAGUGCCCUCCUGGCGGUGAAGCCCCUGGGGCCCACAGCAGCCUUCUCGGCCAGCCAGAUACCCAGUGAGCGAGAAGAUGCACAGUACGACCUGCGAGGAGCCCGCAGCUACCCCACACUGGAGGACGAAGGGCGACCCGACCUCCUGCCCUGCACUCCACCUUCUUUUGAAGAAGCCACCACUGCCUCCAUAGCCACAACCCUGUCAUCCACAUCCCUCUCCAUCCCUGAACGGUCCCCCUCUGAGUCGUCAGAGCAGCCUCGGUACAGGCGGCGCACGCAAUCUUCUGGACAGGAUGGCCGGCCCCAGGAGGAGCCGCACGUGGAGGAAGACCUGCAGCAGAUUACAGUGCAGGUGGAGCCCACGUGCAGCGUGGAGAUCGUGGUCCCCAAGGAGGACGCGGGGGUGGAUGCCUGCCCAGCCGGUGCCUCUGCAUCUGCCGUGGAAGCAGAAACCGCCAGCCAGGCCUCGGAUGAGGAGGACGUGCCCGCCACUGACAUCUACUUUUUCGCCGAUGGGAGGCACUGGAUUUACUCCCCCCGCCAUCGCCGACUGCGGGCCGUGACGCUGAGCUCCUCAGGGACUCCCACCGACGACAGGAGCUGGGUGUACUCCCCGCUCCACUAUAGCACGCAGCCCCAGCCCUCCGACGGCGAGAGCGACACAUAAUUUCUAUGCAGUCCCCCACCUGGGGCCGAGUGCCCACCGCCGCCUCAGAUGCUUCCCAGAGGCGCUGCCUGCCCAGCUGAGGCCCAGAGUUCCGGGACACGCCGCCCUGCGGCCAACCCCAGCCAACCUUCUCUUCAUCCUGCCCCUGAUGGACGCCGCCGGCCACGCCCCUCCCCACCCCAUGCUCUGCAGGCCACACGGUGACCCUGGGCCACCCACACCGCACCCGCCAGACGGCGACCUUCCAGAGCGCCGUGUCAUGUAUUUAUUUUGGGUCCUUAUUCUUUGCACAGACAGAGGCAUGUGGUGCUUUUUAGGGGAAAAAAGAUGAAGCAGAAAAGGAAGACUCCACGCCACUGCACUUUGGUCCUUUGUCUCCACUGCAUGUGUCCCACAGGGACGAGGCCAUUCCUGCCACCUUGGGACCUGGGCCGUGGGGGUCUGGCUUCCCAGGUGAAGCUCACACUCCAGGACAGGCCCCUGGGUGCCUCUUCCUGCUCUUUCUUGCGGUCCUGUGUGUGGUGGGGCUGCCCCUCCCGGAAACAGAUCCUCCUGUGCGUGGCUCAGGUUUGGGGCUCAGUGCGGGACAGGCAUCCUCAGUAGUGGCUCCCAGUGCCUCACUGUCGUGCUCAGCCACCAGGAGGGACAUCCCGGGACCUAGGUUCCCCUGAGCAAGAACGCCCAGGUUGUUACAUUCCUGUCCCCGGUGCGGCCGCCCCUCUUGGCAGAGCUCAGGGCUGUGGACUUGUCUGUCUCUUCCCGGUGUGGUCCUCACGGUCCUCGGAGGAGAGGACCCCCUUGGGAGACGCCUCAAAGCAGAGCCUCUGACUCCUGGAGGGGCUCGGCUGGGCCUUGGGCUGCGGGAUUGGACAGCAGGUGUCCUGGGUGGGCAGUUCUGAUGGUCAAGCUGCUAACACAUUACGGCCACCACAGGCCAGGUUCAGGGGCAUCUCCUAUCGGUGUCCCUCUUGUGGCAGCCACACUAAUCCAGAGACUGGGAGAGGUCAUGUUGGUGAUGGUCCCCAGCCCCUGCCCACUCUGAUCCCCCUGCAGAGACCCAUGGGGGGCAGUGGGUGGGGCUUGGAGCUGAAGCCACACCUCUCAGAACAGCACGGGGCGGACCCAUCCAGGAAUUUACCUUUUUUUUUUUAAGCCCACUGCAAGAUGUCAGCCUGCUGUCUAGGUGGUGUCCCUUCCACAGUGGGGACACAGUGGGAAUCCAUCUGCUCUUUCCCAAGCCACCAACAGGAAGCCCGUAAUCCAGCCCAGACCCUCACGGGGCCCAGCUGCUGCCUUGGCUCUGAGGACCUCUCCCAGGGAGCCCAACUGGGAUCCCCAGCCCCAGAAAAGGGUUUGUCCAGGCCCUAGAGACAGCUUCAUCACCACCUCGCCCAGGCCCCCAAGGACGUGGCCCCAUUGCAGGAGGUGGAGUCUGGUCGGCAUGGUGGCAGAGAAAGGGCGUGGUUUGUGGAGCCCCCAUUGAGUCACAGGCUGUACGCGGUGCCGGGGGCUGGCGAGGUCUUGUAGCCCUCCUGGAUGGAUGUCCCAACAUUCCAUUUUUGUGUUGAGUCCCAGAGUUCCCUUUGGAGAUCCACAUCAUGUGGACUGCUUGUUUCAUUCCUUUUCAGAGUGUCACAAAAAGGAUGCUAAAGUGUCAGACUGUUUCAAGGGGCCUCACUUGUUUAGCAUUUUGGGGACAGUGGGCUGGAUGAGAGACCUAUUUAUAACGUGUGGCAAACUCAAGACCUUCCUCAGACCCCAGGAGGGAGGCCCUGGAUGUACCUGGCUGUCCCCACUCCCUGGAGACCUGUAAAUACCCCAGUGACCCAGCUCCCUCCUGCCUCGCCUCUCCGGACGGCUGCUCUCGCAGACCCCGGACAGUGUCCGAAUCCCUGUACUGUAAAAAUGGAGAGGCAUUUUCUUAAGACUGGCAAGGUGGAAGUUUCCACGUGUCCCCUUCCAGCCUGUCCCCUCCCCUCAGGCCACUCCAGCUGCCCUCAUUCACCUCCACACUUGGCUCAGUGCAAUACUCCCGUCCCUGCGGGGUCCGUUGCCAGGGUCCUGUCGCCACAGCCCCUGGGUUUCCCCCCAGGACGAGCAUCCCCUCCACACCCACCUCCUCUCUGGUGGUUACAAGUUCCAUUGCCCAGGCCACCCCAGUCUCUGUGCGGCUAAACCAUUUCAAAACAAAAAACUGCAAAUCUUGUGUCUUAACCCCCACCAGGGGUCCCUCAUCCUCAGCCCCCGUGGUCUGGUGUGUGACAAUCCGGAGCAUGGCUUCCUGUGGCACCAGUAGCCAGGCCAUGUCCUUCCAACCCAGACCUGUGGGCGCCUCUGACAGUACAGCUGCCGCUGGCCCCACAGAAUACCUGUAUGUUGCCUGGGCCCCACCUGCCCAUUCCCACCACGACCCUUCUUUUUAUGUCGAAGAGAUCUCUAAUAAAUCGGUUAUAAACAUCA